GCCCCCUCUCCUGUACUGCGCCCCCUCUCUCCCCCGUGCUGUAGUGACAUGCCCGUGACCCUGUGCUGCUGCUACCAUCAUGUACCCUGCUUCCUGGGCAGCGCCUAUACUACCCCUGCAUGACACCAUACAUGUGUGGUUACUUGGAACACCAGCAGCACCCAGGCACAGGGGCGAUAGGAGGAGGGCACAGCCGGAUGUUACCAGUGCACAGUGAUGUGGAAGUGACGUCGGGCGCGGGAGAUUUGGAGCCGCUGCUGCUUGUUACCUGGGAGCGGGUCACCCUGAAGGAGCUGCGCCCUGUCUGUCGCCGGAGUCAGGGGUGUCGUGUUUAAUACUAUGGACCAGAAAAUCUUGUCUUUAGCUGCUGAAAAGAGAACAGACGAACUUCAACAAUACCUUAAGACUGUCCAAGAUGCAGAGCUGGUAAAGCUCAUCAGUAAACAUGCAGUAAAUGGGAAGGAGCCUGGGGCACUAUUGCGUGGUAUUUUUAAAGGGUCUCCAUGUGCUGAGGAUGUAGCCAUUCGCCGGAGGGUUGUUGCCUAUAAACACUGCAUAGAACUUGUGGAAUCUGGAGAUUUGCAGAGAGAAGUGGCUGCUGAAAUAGUGGGGCUGUUAAUGCUGGAGGUUCAUCAACUUCCAGGAGCAUCACUUCUUGUGCUAGCUAAUUUGUAUGUUGAUGCGGUGAAAGCUGGGAGCCUGUCCAAUGGAAAGUCUUUGGAACUGUUCCCCAAUGUGCUGAAAGCGCUGUCUUCAAAGGAAUCCCUGGUAUAUGGCAAUGGUGAACUUACAGGAGAGGAAUGCAAAAAGCAGAUUAUAAACAGCCUGUGUUCUAGCAGAUGGGAUCCGCAGUGUGUGAUCUUCCUUACUUCAAUGUUUAGGGAUGUUUUACUAAGCCCAGAAGAAUUACAGUUUGUAGUGGAAAAAGUUCUGAGACUGCUUUCUAAGGUAGAGCUGCAAGAAAUGCCCCCACUGGUUUACCAGCUGCUGCUUCUUUCUGCUAAGGGGAGCAAAAAGAGCAUACUGGAAGGAAUUAUAAAUGUUUUUAAUGAUUUGGACCAAGAGUUGAUGACUGAAGCUCAGAAUGAAGACUCAUUAGAAUUGGUUAAUUCAACUGUACCAAAAGAACAACUUCGUCAGGUUGAGGGUACCAUCAUAUUACAUAUUGUCUUUGCUAUUAAAUUUGACCAGGAACUGGGUCGAGAGCUUGUGAAGGCUGGCCAGCAGGGGGACUCAAGUAGAUUCUUAUGUCCUUUCAGUGUUGCUCUCUUGUUGUCCGUUUCAAGAAUACAUAGGUUUGAAAAGCAGAUAUUUGAUUUCCUCAAAAGUACUAUACAGAAAGGCUUUAAAGACUUCCAGUUUCAGCAAGGAUCAAAAUUUCUCAGUGAUCUAGUCCCUUUACCAACCUCUAUCUCUUCAGUGCUCCUGGAAAUUGUGAAGAACAGUGUAUUUGGUUGGGAUCACGUCACCCAAGGGCUAGUAGAACUCGGCCUGCUUUUAAUGGAUUCAUACGGACCUAAAUUGGCUCCUGGGGCAAAGUCGUCUGAGGUAGCUGCAGGAUUUGUGAAAUCACCAAGUCAGCAUGCCAGUCAGCUUGGAUCAAAAAUUCUACUGGAGACGUUCAAGGUCCAUGAGCCAAUAAGAAGUGUGAUUUUGGAGCAAGUUUUGAAUCGAGUUAUUACAAAGGCUACUUCUCCAACAGUUCACUUUAUAGAUCUUCUGUCAGAUAUUGUAUUCUCUACACCGCUCAUUCUCCAGAAUUCAGCCUCUAAACUAACGGCAGCGUUUGACCAUUUGUUCCACUUGCCGUUUUCCACAGUGCAGGGCCUACUCAAAGCUUUACAGCCACUCUUUAAAAUUAAUAUAUCUGUCCGGGAUUUUAUUAUACUUGUGCUAAGGAAAGCAAUGUUUUCAAGCCAAAUAGAUGCCCGGAAGUCUGCAGUUGCUGGUUUUUUGCUCCUGUUGAAGAAUUUUAAGGUUCUCGGGAGCUUGUCCUCCUCUCAAUGUAGCCAGGCUAUUGGUGCAAGCCAGGUGCUGGUGGAUGUCCACACCCGUUAUAACGCUGCUGCAAAUGAGGCUUUUUGCCUGGAAAUACUUGGAUGUCUGAGAAGAUGCCUGAGCCAGCAGGAGGACAUUAGACGGUUACUUUAUGAGGGUUUUUAUGAUGUUCUACGUCGCAACUCACAAUUGGCCAAUCCCAUCAUGCAGACACUUGUGUCUCAGUUAAAGCGAUAUUAUGAACCAGAGCCUGACUUAUUACCACCAUUAAAGCUGGAGAAGUGCAUCACCGCCCAAAAAGAACAGAUCAUAUUGCAGGAGCCUCUGGCACACUUGCUCAGCACUAUUCACAGUUGUCUUAACUGGUAUAAGCAUAGGAGCAGUCUACUGCAGGAGAGAGGAAUGGAUGAUGAAGACGAUGAUGACUGCAUGGCAUGUCGGCAAGAAAUUGAUGAAAUCCUGGAAUCCAUCACCAGGAGAAUGACUAAAUGUGAUCUGGAGGAAUUUGAGCUGGACAAGGCGGCUGAAUUCUCCCUGACUUCUGGUGUCGGGAUGAAAAACUACAACUAUGCUGUUUUGGUUAUGGGAGUAUGCGAGGUGCUGAUUGAGUACAACUUUUCCACAGCAAAUUUUAGCAAAAGCAAGUUUGAAGAUAUUUUAGGAAUAUUCAAGUGCUACAGCAAACUUGCUGAUAUCUUAAAGGAGAAGUCUGGGAAAGGAAGGCCAGCUGGCAAUAAUAAAACAUGUAGAAGUCUGCUAUCUAUGGGCUUUGUUUCCACGAUCCUAACAGCAUUAUUCAGAGACAGCACAAGAGCACAUGAGGAAAGCCUGAGUGUUCUUCGGGCCAACCUAGACUUCAUGAGAUACACUGUCAGUGUGGCACUGCAGAAAAUUCAGCAGCUGAAGGAGACCGGAGUCACUGACGGGCCCGAUGGGCAGAAUUGUGAAAAAAUGUUCCACAGUAUUUGUGAGAUAACCAGGGUGUUAAUGUGGCGAUACACUUCAAUCCCAUCUGCUGCUGAGGAUUCUGGGAAAAAGGAUAAAGGGAAGAAUAUAUCUUUGCUCUGUCUGGAAGGUUUGGCCCAGAUAUUUUACACGAUCCAGCUACACUACCAGCCAAAGAUUGCACAGUUUCUUGCAGCAUUGGAUAGUGAUGAUGUUGAAGGGGAUGCUGGUGAAAUGAAUGUUAUGGAAAGGUCUUCCUGGCUGAUCACACAGUUUCAGAGACCUCUUAUGAAUCAGUUGAGCAGUGGAGAGGAUGAGUUUAAUAGCAAAGAAGCUGUACUGUUAGUCAGUAUCCUGUCUAUAUUAUCCAGGUUUCUGGAACCUUCAUCUCAACAGUUUGUGCAGAUGCUAUCGUGGACUGUGAAAAUCUGUAAAGAUACUAACUUUGAUGAUGUCCAGUUCUGUAAAGGAAUAAUGACUCUUCUGUUUAGUAUGCAUUCUCUAUUCAAGAGCCCAGUUAGUCUGCUCCGGGAGCUUUGCCAGGACAUCCACGGGCACCUCGGUGACAUCGAUCAGGACAUUGAAGUGGAAAAACAGUCUCACUUUAAAAUUGUAAAUGUAAAGACUGCAGCCCCUACAGUCACUCUUUUGGUUUUCGGCCAAGCUACAAAGGUGCUGGAUGAGGUGGACUGGCUGAUCACAAAGCUAAAAACCCACCUUGGCUCAGAGAAGGGAAACGGUGAUGGCACUCAAGCUACAAACCCUAGAGAACCGGUAGAGAAGGCCAUCAUUCUCCAGCUGGGCACAUUACUUACUGCAUGUCAUGAGUUGGUCCAGACAGCCCUACCAGCCGGAAGUUGUAUGGACACUUUGCUGAAGGAUCUCACAAAGAUGUACACAGUCCUUACAGCCCUCGUCAAAUAUUAUUUGCAGGUCUGCACUAAUCAUGCUGGAACGAUUCCUACUCGUUUAGAAAAGUUGGUUAAGCUCUCUGGUUCGCACCUCACACCACAAUGUUAUGCCUUCAUUACAUAUGCACAGAACAUACAGAGUGAAAGUUUUUCAGGAGAAAAGAAGAAAAGGGAAGAAGCCGCUACACUUUCUACGGCUCGAAUCCUCCGUGACACUAAGCCAAUCCCAAACUUGAUAUUUGCCAUUGAAAAGUAUGAAGAAUUCCUUAUAAAGUUGUCGAAAAAGUCAAAGGUCAAUUUAAUGCAAUACAUGAAGCUCAGCACUUCAAGAGACUUCAGGAUCAAUGCAGCCACACUGGAUGUAGCUCUGCAAGAAAAGGGAUCAGAAGAUGAGGAGAAUGAAACGGGCAGUGUACAGCAGUCUGUGUCAGAAAAAAGUGAAAGUCAGGAACCAAAAAGGAAGAGAAGAAAGAAGUAGCUGGUGCCACUAAAUUAUGCUCAAAUGUUACUAUCCACAGAACAUACUGCAAGACUAUUACCAGUUAUUCUUUUUAUUGUCCAAUAUUCAUGAAUACUAAAUAAGUGAUAAUCCUCACUCAUUAUAUUUACUCAGCCAGUGUUACAGAGACACAUUAUUUUGGUUCAUAAAAAAAAAAGUCCAAAAUGUAAUUUAACUCCAUGGGAGUUGACGGGGGCAGAUGUAGACAGGCGUCAGCUCCCUUUUGUCAAAACCCCAUUGGUUACUUUAAUUAGUUCAUAGAUGUCCAAAGCUUCACCUGCAAAACAAAAACAAACACUCAGGUGCUAUACAAUAUUAUUCUGCCCUGUGCAAUUUCUGAGGAGUGAUUAAAGAAUGAUGUACAGCAGGGAUGGGGAACCUUCGGUCCUGCAGCUGUUGUUGAACUACACAUCCCAGCAUGCCCUGCAACAGUUUUAGCAUGGCCGAAUAGCAAAACUGUAGCAAGGCACGUUGGUGUGUGUAGUUCAACAACAGCUGGAGGGCCGAAGCUUCCCCAUCCUUGAUGUACAGUAUGCAAUCUUUCAAUACUGAGAUAUUAUAUACUCAGAGGAUGUCUAAAUGGACGGCAUGUUCCUCCUUAGGAAAACACGUAAAUGCACUAACGUUCUAUAUAAGCUAUUAUGAAACCAUCUGAUUCAAAUACCGAAAAGUGACAGGGAAAAAAAAAACCCUUGUUUGUUUGAAGUUUACUAAAGAAAACGUGUUUGCUGUUCUCACAAGCCAAUCCCUUGUUUCACAGAUUAUUGUACAUAUUAUACAGAUCAUUCCUUUAUUAAAUAAAUAUGCCCACGUAAUAA